AUGUACAUGUAUCUCACGAACGUCAUCGCCACGCGAUUGACAGCAGACCAACGACAGCGACCAUGUUUGCUCCGCAGCAGACACAUCACACCGAGAACUGGUUUGCCUGCUGAACCUGCAUACCUAUCUACUGCCACACAUGCAGCUGGUGCAUUCGGCCAAAACCUUGUUGCGCCGCAGGGCGUGACCCCGCCAAGCAUUUCCGAAGUGUUGUUCGAGCCGACGCUACGAUCUGAUUGA